GGCGCAUCGGCGGAGACCCGCUCAAACCCUCUACUGACAGCCGGACGGACGGAGGCAUAUGCUCAGUGGAGGUGCGCUCCGCUCGCUCUCGAAUGUGAGCCGAAUACAGUGAAAAACGCAACUUUUUGGUUGCUGCAGAACAGUUUCAUGACCUGCGGAGUUCUAUUACAACUCGUUGGAGACUGAUUUAUUUUUCAGUUUUAUUCAAGUGGAUUGUCUUAACGAGCAACAGCCCGCUGUUUGUGUUGAAUAUAUAUUUUUUUUUUACUCAUUAUAUCGCGCUACAUUCUUCUCCGAACUGAUACGGACCCGCGGUCAGGAUGUCUGAGAUCUCCGUUAAUGAUCACCUGGAAGGCAUUUUAUCCGACUUCGAAGCUUUGAAGAGAUCCUUCGAUGUGGAUGAUGUGGACGGGCUUCCUCCCUUUUCCCCCUCCUCCCCUGUACCCUCACCCCUCUCCCCCACCUCCCUCAUCACCAAGACCAAUGAGGGUCGCGGGCACGCCACCUCAAACCACAGUUCCUCCUCCUUCCGUUCUCGGAUCAGUCUGGGUUCGAACCCCAGUCCGGUCCAGAGUCCAGUGCUCAAACCCCGCAUUGUCUCCAGCACGUCCUUCAAUCGUGGGACGAUGAACAGACCCUUCUUCCAGAACAACGGAGGUGGCGGGGGGGGCAUCGCCAGGGCUUUGUCCUUCCAGAACAAGUUCAACCCUAACGGCUUCUCAUCAUCUGGCCCAGGGAGUGACAACGAAAGUCUUCAUAGUUCCUCCUCCAGUCUGGAGUAUUUUAUCCAGGGUGGAGGAGCACCUCCAGGCAAGCCCGUGUCUCUGUCCUACUUCAAUAGCCCACAGACAGAGCAUCAUCCUGGGCAGCAAGGUGGAGAUGGCCUGGGGAUGAAGAAGUUCUCCUCCCAUGGAAGUGUUUUCCACUCUGAGCUGGAAGCUUCAGAUCCCAGGGGGACCAGCCACGGGUCCAUGCCCAGCCUGGACCUCCGGAGUGCAGACGUGGGGGGUGGGGUGAUGGGCUCAAGGAGGGCAGGGGGUGGAGCUGUGAAAUAUGGCAAUGCCAACGUGGGGUGGAACGGGGCGUCCCAGCGCCACAACAACAGCCCCAAUCAAAACCACUGCAGCUACCAGGCCCUGCCUAAACCCAGAGAGGCCCAGCGCCUCAACAAGUUUCCCCUGGAUUUGGAGAGCCUGGUGGGGGUGGCCCAGCCCAGCUCCACGUCCUCUGACACCCCCAGACCUCCCCUGAGAGCACACUGUCCCAGCAGCCACUCUGUCUCGGCCUGCUCCUCCCCCUCCCUCAGCAGCCUGGACAGCUCUAGUGGUGACCUCACUCCUGUCCCCCACUCCCUCCCUCUCUCUUCCCCUGCCUCCCCACAAGGAGCAAAGCCCGUCCCGGAGGUGAGCCGGUCCCCAGUUCCACUGCCCCCGGCCCAGACCCCCCAGCUCAACCUGCUCUCCCCCAGACCUCCCCCAGCCACCGCCCCCCCACAGGAAGACACCAGGGAAAGCGUGGGUUCCAUCCUGCAGAGGAUUGCGUCCUUCUCCCGUCCCGAUGCCGCAACUCCGCCCAUGACCCCGCCCACCAGGGUUCCGAGUGUCGCUGGUGUUCAGAGCACGGUUGGCCUGAGCAACGGAGUGAAGAAGGACAGCCCAGCGACCAGGAUGAUGAUGAUGAAGGAUCAGGAGUGUAUACCUGUGGAAGACCAAGACACGUCUAAGGUGCUGGAUCAGGAGACACCUGCCCCCUGGGAGGAGACUGGGAUGGAGGAGGAGAAAGUUACUGAAGCAGAAUCCAAAUCACCAGAGGAGAGUGCUGUAGAGGAGGAGAAGAAAGGGGUGGAGGAGAGGGAGAGAGGGGUAGAGAGAGAGAUGGAGGUGAAGAUGGAGGUGGAGUUAGACAUGCAGGACACGCCCCCCAACCAUACAGAGGGGCAUGGUCUGCAGGGAACCAUUAAGGGUCGUGACCUUUUUGGGUAUGUGGGCAUCGAGGCCGUUCUGGACCAGAUGCGGCGCAAGACCAUGAAGGCUGGUUUCGAGUUUAACAUCAUGGUUGUGGGUCAAAGUGGUCUGGGGAAGUCUACUCUGGUCAACACUCUGUUCAAGUCUAAAGUAAGCAGAAAGUCCUGCACCCCAAACUACGAAGAGAAGAUCUCCAAGACCGUUAAACUACAGUCAGUCAGCCAUGUGAUCGAGGAGAAGGGUGUGAAAAUGAAGCUAACAGUUAUCGAUACUCCAGGUUUUGGAGACCAGAUCAACAAUGAAAACUGCUGGGAGCCUAUAGUGAACUAUGUUAAUGAGCAGUAUGAGCGCUACCUGAAGGAGGAGCUCUACGUCAACAGGAAACGGAGGAUUCCAGACACGCGUGUCCAUUGCUGUGUCUACUUCCUCCCUGCCACUGGACACUGGUUACGCCCCAUUGAUGUGGAGUUCAUGAAGAGACUGGGGAAGAUCGUUAGCAUUGUACCAGUCAUCGCUAAGGCUGACACUCUCACCAUGGAGGAGAGGCAGGAGUUCAAACAGAGGAUAAGACAUGACCUGAAGGCUAAUGGCAUCAGAGUGUACCCUCAGACUGAGUAUGACGAGGACCCAGAGGACAGGAUACUCAACGACAAGAUCAGGGAAAACAUUCCUUUUGCGGUUGUUGGGACAGACAAGGAGCACCAGGUGAACGGAAACAAAGUCUUGGGAAGGAAAACCAAAUGGGGCAUCAUUGAGGUUGAAAACAUGGCACAUUGUGAGUUUGCCAACUUGAGAGAUCUUCUGAUUAGGUCCCAUCUGCAGGACCUGAAGGAUGUGACCCAUAACAUCCACUAUGAGACGUUCCGAGUCAGGAGGCUGAAUGAGAGCAACCUCACCGUCCACGGCCUUGCCCUGUCCUGUUUCCCCAUGGAGAACGGAACCAACAGAACCAACGGGACCAACGGAACCUCGGACAGGAGUGACUCAGAGAGCCACCUCUGAGAGAUGACCCUAAGAGCAUCACUAACAGCUUCCUAUUCCCGGUUUUGACUGCAAAAUGAUUGGCCUACUGUUUCGCCUAUUCAGAUCACAUGAUAUAAAUAAAUAAAUGAAAGGUAGAAAGAGAAAGCAAAGAACUUUAUUACUCCCAGACAGAAGAGAUUUUAUUUGGGGGCGGGGGGGGG